AUGGCGGGGACCGAGAGCGCGGCGACCCCUGGGAGCUUGCUGAAUGGAGGCGGAGGUGGGGACGGGCCAGAGGAGAAGCGGCCCCGGCUUGGGGCGGCCCCAGCUCCCUCCGGGUCUGGGCCCCAGGGGAACCGCGUGACGGUGGUGCUGGGGGCGCAGUGGGGGGACGAGGGGAAAGGCAAGGUGGUCGACCUCCUCAGCCUCGACGCGGACCUCGUCUGCAGGUGCCAGGUGAGACGCGAGAAGAGAGCCUGCGAGGGCAAUGGGGGUGGGGGGUGUUGGGGGUCUUGCUUCGGACAGGGGUGGCAAGCCUGGGGCUCGCCAGGUGUUGUUGGACUCCAACUCCCAUCAGCCCCAGCCAGCAACGCCAGCGGUUGGGGAUGACGGGAGCUGGAGUCCAGCAACACCUGGAGGGACGCAGCUUUCCCUCCACGACCCUGGUUUAGGAUCCUAAAGUUGGAUGGAGGGUCCUCAGAAGUGAUCUGGGGCAGAUCCACACACUAUACAUUUAAAGCACACACCCAAUGAAAAUCCUGGGGACUGUUUUUGUUUAAGGGUGCUGGGGAUUGUAGCUCUUUGAGGGGUAAACUACAGUUCCCAGGAUUCGUUUAAUGAGCUUAAAACGAUCUGCCUGAAGCAUUCCUGAUAGGUGGACACCCGGUUUCUGCCAUGAAGGAUAGACCACCACUUUCCAAGGCUUUGUAAUGUCAGGAAGUUCUCCCUAAAGUUUAGUUCAAAUGUCCUUUCUUGUAAUUUGAACCUGGUCUCACUCCAGGGGUGGGGAACCUUUGGCCCUCCAGAUGCUGUUAACAAACAGGACCCAUUACUGUUGGCUGUGCUGAAUGGGGCUGAUGGGAGCUGUGGUUCAGCAACAUCUGGAGAGCCAAAGGUUGUCUGCCUUAUCCUAGAGCAGGGACACUGGACUCUUUCCUAUCAGACUCAGCCAACAUAAUCAGUUGUCACAGGUUCUGGGAGCUGUAGUCCAGCAGUACAUGUAGAGCCGCAGGUUUCUCAUCCCUAACUUUGGAGCAGUAGAAAAUCAGUUUGGUCCAUCUAUGUUGUGAUAGCCCUUCAAAACCCUGAAAUAUUUCUAUUUCAUUUUGCUACCAAAAUAAACAAAUCUCCCUCCUAUAACAACAUAACCCAGUUCUGUUCUGUUGCGGUUUGUGUGUGUGUUUCUGUAAGCAUUUAUAGAUCACUUUUCAAAAAACAUACUCUUCAAAAGUGGAUUGUUUAGUUGCCUCCCAAUUAACCAUACCCUAUAGGCUGUUAACAAAUUUAAAACAUCGCCAAUUAAGUUUUGCUGUUUUGUGUAACAAUGUGUGUCUCUGCAGGGUGGCAACAAUGCAGGCCAUACUGUUGUGGUGGAUUCGGUUGAAUACGAUUUCCACCUUUUGCCCAGUGGGGUUAUCAACCACAAUGCCACGUCGUUCAUUGGUAAGGAUUCUUGUGUGCUUGCCACGAUUGUGACAGGCAGCCAAAUCAGGUGCAGUGAGGGGGCAGAUUUGGGGAUGUGUGUUCAAAUCCCUGCUGUGACCAAAUGUGUGGCUUCUGACCCUGCAUAGACUCUUUCCCUUCCCCGCAAUGGAUAUUCUCCUUCUGCAGUUUCACCUGUUUCUCUUUGUGUCCCUAGACAGGGAUUUCCCCCCAGAACCCUACCCUUCUUUCCACUUGAGUGCUUGGGGUUCGGAUUAUGUGUAUUUAAAAGUUGCUGGACACCACUCAGCAUGGGAGACUGAACCAGCAUAAAGUAUAGCCCUAUCUGGGAGAGAGAUGGGAAGGGGGUGGCUCUGUUGUUCUUUGUGGGACACUGUAUUGCUCUAGAUCAAUUUGGGUUCCCAAACUGUGGUCUGCAAGCUUCAUUCAGGUAGCCGGUGGCAUUUGUGUGUAUUUGUGGCUGAAGAAAGGAGACGGCACAUCUAUCACGUUAGAUACUCAUAUUGGGGGGAAUUCAAAAUAGCGCUAAGGAGAUCACUCUGUCAGUGCUAUGUUUUUAUCUUCAGGAGAACAUUUUGUUUUCCUGUCCAUUGUGCUUUUUUUAAGUGUGUAUUUUACAUUUGACCUGGGCCUGAAAUGUUUAAUUUGGGUAUUUUGUAAUGCUUUAUUUGUCGGUUUAAUUUCGGUUGUAAAACUGCCUUGAGAUUUUCAAAUGAAUCGAGAGGCAUAUGAACCGUUUAAGUAAAUAAAUGAGAGGUUGUCUUCCCUUUCAGGGAACGGUGUUGUCAUCCACUUGCCAGGACUCUUUGAGGAAGCUGAGAAGAAUCUUAAGAAAGGGUCAGGUGAGUGACACCCCCCACACAACAACGUGAGAUUCUCCACGCCUGAUCUAAAGAAGGGAAAUGAAAAGGAAAAAGUGUGUGUGCAUCGUGCUGCAUGGCUAGGGUACAGCCCACACCUUUGUCCCUUUUAUAUGUGGCUUUCCAUUGUGGACUAAUGGAAAGUCCACUAAUAGCAAGCCCUGUUGAGCUAAGAGAUGGAAAUGUUUAAAAGCCACAAGUGUUCUGUUUCCACAGGGCUAGAAGGCUGGGAGUCUCGGACGGUGAUUUCUGACCGUGCUCAUCUGGGUGAGUGUCCUGGGAGAAAUUUGGUGGUGGGAGUGAAAUAACAGUUAGAAAGAGACCGACAUAUUUGUCAUCUUGCGUCUUCCUCAGUGUUCAACUUCCACCAGGCUGUGGAUGGAAUCCAGGAACAGCAAAGGCAGCUGCAGGGUGGCAAGAAGUAAGUGGGGUGCUGGGGGUGUGGCUCAGUGGCGUAGCAUCGGUUGCUGGGGCCCAGGGUAGGCAUGGGCAUGCAUGUUGGGCAAGGGGUGCACAGUCUUUUUCUGUCUCUGUGGGCGCUCUGUCCUUUAGGGCAGGACUGCAGAUCCUUUGGCCUCCAACUUCCAUCAACACUAGGCAACACAGCUCAUAGUCAGGGAUAAUGGGAGUUGUAGUCCCAUAAGCCUAAGGCAUCAAUGCCAAUAGCCAGGGCUGAUGGGAGUUGGAGUCCAGCAACAUCUGCAGGACCACAGGUCCCCCAUCCUUGCUUUAAAUAAACAGUGACCCUUUGCCACACUGGUAUUUGGUAAUAGUGCUGUUGCAAAGGUCUCUUGUUAUUGCAUAUGCAUUUGAGCUUUACCACAGAUCUAGCAUGGGCUUGAGACUAUGAAACUUGCCUAUUUAUUUAUUUAAAGCAGCGUUACCCUGCUUUUCAGCUAAAAGGGCCCCCAGAGUAGUUUUACAGAUCCAAUUGAAAAAAGACAGUCCCUGCUCUCAUCUUGCAAUCUGAAAGACAAAACAUGAAAGGAAAAGAGCUUGGGAGGAAGGAAAGCAAACUCAAUACAUUAUUUCUUAGUUACGGAGUUCCUAUAAUGACCAGCUGGAAAGGAAAGAUUUCAAGACAGGUAGAGUCAAAAGUCGCUGGUCUUUCAGAGCAGAGGCCCUGAAGUCCCAUCUCUCAUCCUCUCCUGUAGCUUGAUGUUAGUGGAGGCUGGUCCAUUAAGGCAUAUGGGGUGCUGCCCCACCGACCUGUCUGCCCCCAGCCAACCCUCUGUUCUUACCUAAAACCAGGCCGGGGGGCGGGACCACCUAUCAGGUUCCUCCUCCUCCUGAGUCUCCACAUUGCCCCUUGUAAAACUCAGCAGGGAGGAAGAGAAAGAUGGGGGACAAAACUAGAAUUAGCUGGUGCUGCCUUUUGCUAGCUCUGGCUCCACCUGUCAUCGGUUGUGGUUCCAGUCACUGUUUAGCCUCCCUGCCUUCCGCACAUUAAAUGUGUGAUGUGUAUGUGACAAAAACUGUUCAUGAGCCCCCCUAAAAGGCUGGCUUAAAGGGGAAAAGGCAAGGAGUAGCUGCAAAAUCUGAAGGAGGGACACACUCAAAACAGGAAAUCCCUUUUACUCUCAAAGAAAAUAGGAAAAAGGCCAGUUGAGCUCUAAAGCAAAUAUUUACCAGCAAAACUGAAGCUAUAUAAAAGUAAAAUUAAGCACAGGAGGUGCAGAUGUGAGCUGUAACAACUGAGGUGCCAUCUCAUUUUUAUCCAUCUACGUCUCCCCAUUUUCCUGAUUCAAUCUUUUCACUUGUCACCUUCUCUUUGCUCACUGAGAUUCAGCUUUGUACUGACAAAUGACAAGCCUGGUGGUAGAAACCUGCAGGAAUCGUUUUCCGUUGUUUUGGGGACUGAGGUAUUCUUGAGCAUCAUGAAGGUCAUUCAGACCUUCUGUGCCCAAGGAGAAACAGAUCAUGUAUUCUUCCCAGUGGUACAUGAUCUCAGCUCAACUAAGGCCUAGUCAGCAUUUCUUCUUCCCCCAUUCCGGAGCCUACACAGUCAUAGACAUUUCUUCCCUCAGAACAAGGCAUCCCAGGCCUGUUUAAACCUUGAAGCAGAGUUCCUUGACCAAAGUUUGCUUCCAUUUUGCUCCAUAGAAAUCUGCUGCUCCCUCAUCUUCAAUACACAGCUCUCUCCCAACCCCAGAUAAGCUGAGCCAACUGUUAUAAAAUGCAAACAUACACACAGGAACAUGGGGAACUGUCUCUAGCUGAGAAUUGCCUUCACUGACAGUGGGAGCAACUGUCCAGGAUUUCAGGCAGAUGCUUUGCCGCUGAGCUAUAGUCCUCCCCAAUGUUUGCACAUGGAAUGCCAUGUUCUCCCGUACAAAACCCACACUCUUCAUCGGAGGUCGCCAACGUGUGUCCUCCAGUACCUCUUGUGGCAUCCACAAAAUGUCUCUGUAAAUAUCCCCUCUAAAAUCCACAACAUUCGAGAGACAUUUUGCCCUUACUGUUCAGUUCCUGUUUGUAGUGGCUCAGUCUCCCCUACAUAGAACAUCUCCUACCCUUAAACAUCCCCACAUUUCAUUGUAUGCCAUUCUGAAUAAAGGAGAGGUGCAAAGAGCUUCUGUCUUUGUAUGAGUGUGGCUAUUGUAGCUGCAUUUUUCCUAUGAAUGGGAGGCGUGCCUACACAGGUUUGCUGCCCUGUUCCUUUUUCGGCCACACCCCACAGCAGCCAUUUUGCGUGAUGCCACACUUCCACGGCAGCCAUUUUGUGUUACGCCACAUGCCCACAGCAGCCAUUUUGUGUUAUGCCAAACCCUGUGGCAGCUAUUUUACAUUAUGCCACAUUUUGUGACUGGCACCAAUGGCACUCUCUCAAAAUCCCAAAUGCGCCCACUGGCCCAGAAAGGUUGGCGACUCCUGCAGUCUUCAGGCACAGCCAGGGAUGCCGCACACAAAGCCCCCAUCAGCACAAAGAUAAACAAUGAUGUUGAGAAACAAAUUGGCUCCUAAUGUAUAUUUACAAAAUCAAAGUUAGAACUGGUCACAAUAGGGAGGGGGCGGUUCAUUCUUGCGGCUUAUACUGGUUGCUCCUGUGAAAAGUAUUGUGCCCCUCUGGUUACUUUUUUUUCAGCCUUGGCACCACCAAGAAAGGGAUUGGUCCAGCCUACUCCUCCAAGGCCUCCCGAACCGGCCUGCGCAUCUGUGACCUCCUGGCGGAUUUUAACGAGUUUUCCAAGAAGUGAGUUGAUGGGUGGAAAAGAUUAUUUUUAGGCAUCAUUGUAAAUUACCGGUGAGGAUUGCUUAACUGCGUCGUAAAUCCGCUGAGAAGUUUUCAUUUGUCUAUUGUCUUUAAGUUGUUCUAAAUUGUUUUAAAUAUUGUUUUCAAUCGUAAAAUAAUGGCAAGGCAGUGUACGGCCUACAGCAUGUUGUUUUUGGUGUUAUAAGCCACCUCGAGCAUGGUUUAAUGUUGGAAAGGUAGCUUGCAAAUAAAUGACAAUGGCGAUCGGUGGGGAGUGCAACUGACUCAGCAGCAAUCUCUCUCCCUCUCUUAGAUUCAGGGUCCUGGCCCAGCAGUACAAAACAACAUACCCAGCUCUCAACAUUGACACGGAGGCUGAGCUGCAGCAAUUGAAGGUGAUUAUUGGGGUGGGGGUAGGUCCGUGACUACUGGGAAAGCCUGCCUGCAGUGAUUCAUGAUUAUUGCAUUGGGCUCUACAUGGAGCUACCCUUAAACCUGGUCCAAAAGCUCCAUCUCAUGCAAAAUAUUGCAGCUAGACUGACAGCGUAUUGACUCAGUUGCUUAAAAGCUUGCCCUGGCUGCCUGUGUGUUACUGAGCCAGGUUAACCUACAAGGCGCUUAGUAGCUUGGGUCUAAGAUAUCUUAAGGACCACCUGACCCCUUAUAUCCUGACCUGAUGACUGAGGUCUCUGGGGUUGUCUCUGUUGGUGCACCCCCUGUGGCUUACAGGCACUGCUUGUAACUACUAGAAGCUGUGCCAUCAAUGCAAUGGGCCCAAACCUGUGGAACUCCCUCCCUAUAGAGAUUAGGCAGGCACCAUCCUUGCUGAGUGUUGGGUGCAUGACUCAGACUUUGUUAGACUUAGACCAGGGGUCAGCAAACGUUUUCAGCAGGGGGCCGGUCCACUCUCCCUCAGACCUUGUAGGCAGCAGGAGUAUAUUUUUGGGGGAAAAUAUGAACAAAUUCCUAUGCCCCACAAAUAACCCAGAGGUGCAUUUUAAAUAAAAGGACAUAUUCUAUUCCUGUAAAAACACGCUGAUUCCCGGACUGUCUGCGGGCUGGAUUUAGAAGGUGAUUGGGCCGGAUCCGGCCCCUGGGCCUUAGUUUGCCUACCCAUGACUUAAACUUUCUUGGACUGAGCCCAAAACUGCAACUCAUUUUUUAAAAAUCAAAACCCGACAGAUUUAUGCCGAGAGAAUCCGCCCACUGGUGAAGGACGGUGUUUAUUUCAUGUACAAAGCCCUGCAUGGCCCACCCAAGAAGAUCUUGGUCGAAGGAGCAAACGCUGCACUCUUAGACAUCGAUUUUGGUAAGCAUCCUCAUUUUAACACUUGGAAUGCAGGAGACCCUUUAUUCCCCUCACAGCGGUGGCAUAGCCUGCGGGGGUGGGAAGGAUGGCACCAGGGCGGUUGCCGCAGGUGCAAAAUUGUUAGGGGGUGCAAAAUUUCAGCACCUAGUGCUGCCUCAAUACAACUGUGUGCUUCCAUCGCUGGGCUCCAUUGGAAACGGCUUCUCUGUGCGAACCAGGAAGUGACCUCUCCAGACAAUGAAAUGACUCUUCUUUUCUUAUCUCUGCAGCUGUUGGUGAUACAAACGCUGUUAGGCAGGCAUACUCCAUUUCCCUCCCACCCACCGCCUUGGUGUAGCCCCGGGCACUGGCAACCCACACUAUGCCAGUGCCUCGCAGAGCUAUGAUUCCCAGAGGUCCCCAGGAAGAGGGGUUGCUCGUUAAAUUGUGAGGAAAUAGGGGCUUCCUAACAACUCUCAGCACCCUUAAAAACCACAACUCCCAGAAUUAUUUUGGGGGAACUUGUUGUUGUUGUUUAGUCAUUUAGUCGUGUCCGCCUCUUUGUGACCCCAUGGACCAGAGCACGCCAGGCACUCCUGUCUUCCACUGCCUCCCGCAGUUUGGUCAGACUCAUAUUGGUAGCUUCGAGAACACUAUCCAACCAUCUCGUCCUUCUCCUUGUGCCCUCUAUCUUUCCCAACAUCAGGGUCUUUUCCAGGGAGUCUUCUCUUCUCAUGAGAUGGCCAAAGUACUGGAGUCUCAGCUUCAGGAUCUGUCCUCCCAGUGAGCACUCAGGGCUGAAUUCCUUCAGAAUGGAUAGGUUUGAUCUUCUUGCAGUCCAUGGGACUCUCAAGAGUCUCCUCCAGCACCAGAAUUCAGAAGCAUCAAUUCUUCGGCGAUCAGCCUUCUUUAUGGUCCAGCUCUCACUUCCAUACAUCACUACUGGGAAAACCGUAGCUUUUACUAUACAGACCUUUGUUGGCAAGGUGAUGUCUCUUGGGGAACUAUAGUGCUUUAAAUGUAUGUUGCAAAAGUGGCAUUCAUUGGAGACAAUGCGCAGGUUCUGUGCACUGCUUACAGGCCGCAAUUGGCUCAGCGACGUUGUGAAGAUUCUCCUCUCCCCAUUAGGUACCUACCCAUUUGUGACAUCCUCCAAUUGCACCGUGGGAGGGGUCUGCACCGGCCUCGGCAUCCCCCCACAUUACAUCGGCAAGGUGUACGGCGUGGUGAAGGCCUACACCACCCGUGUCGGAGUUGGGACCUUCCCCACCGAACAGGACAAUGUGAGUCUUUCCCUGAGGGGCUGUGGGGGGCAGAACAGGAGUGAGACUUUGCAGCGGAAGGGGAGACUGGGUUACCCACGAGUGGUUUGAUGACUCGGCUUUUCUGCCGUCUUCCAGGAGAUCGGCGAGGAGCUGCAGUCGCGGGGGCGAGAAUUUGGCGUCACCACAGGCCGGAAGCGCCGUUGCGGCUGGCUGGACCUUGUGCUGGUGAAAUACGCCCACAUGAUCAAUGGAUUUAGCGCGUAAGCCUCUCUUUCUCAACACUAGAACUCGGGGACACCCAGCAAAGCUAAACGUUGGAAGUUUCAGGACAAAUAAAACAAAGCUUUUCUUCAUAUAGGUAAAGGGACCCCUCACCAUUGGGUCCAGUCGUGACCGACUCUAGGGUUGCGGCGCUCAUCUCGCUUUAUUGGCCGAGGGAGCCGGCGUACAGCUUCUGAGUCAUGUGGCCAGCAUGACUAAGCCGCUUCUGGCGAACCAGAGCAGCGCACAGAAACGCCGUUUACCUUCCCGCCGGAGCAGUACCUAUUUAUCUACUUGCACUUUGACGUGCUUUCGAACUGCUAGGUUGGCAGGAGCAGGGACUGAAGAACAGGAGCUCACCCUGUCGCGGGGAUUCAAACCAAACCGCCGACCUUCUGAUCGGCAAGUCCUAGGCUCUGUGGUUUAACCCACAGCGCAACCCACGUCCCUCUUCUUCAUAUAGCGCAUGAUUAAACUAUGGAACUCACUGCCUCAGGAGGCAAUGAUGGCUACCAGCUUGGAUGGCUUUAAAACAGGAUAUCGCCCAGCCCUGGUUCUAGAGGAGUUUAUACUUUUUGUAGUGUGUCACUGGAAUCCAAAACUGAAGAAGCUCAUUUUAAGGUGCACGUGAGUAGCCUGUUGGACACACGUGGUCCUCUGAUGCCUUCGGUAUGACCGCCAGAUUCUUGCCCCCACCCCACGCACCAUUCGCACAGCGAGGGUCGAACGCCUAACACAUCCAUGUGUGCUAAUGGCUAUGUGUGAAUGACCCAACUUCCACCCCGGUCCCCGCCCAUAGCCACACAGCCCCCUGGCCUUCCACCCAUAUGGGGCUUUCAGUGACAAAACAGGCAUUGCCUGCCCCUGUUGUGAUUGGAAAGCUGUUCAUAACCCUGUAACCGUUGCCCUCUGCUCUGCUCCACAGCCUAGCUGUGACCAAGCUGGACAUCCUGGACACCUUUGAGGAGAUCAAAGUGGGCGUGGAGUACCGGCUGAAUGAGAAACGCAUUCCUUAUUUCCCAGGUGAUGCUGUGGGCCUAGCCCAGGGGUCAGCAAACAUUUUCAGCAGGGGGCCGGUCCACUCUCCCUCAGACCUUGUGGAGGACCGGACUAUAUUUUGAAAAAAAUAUAUGAAUGAAUUCCUAUGCCCCACAAAUAACCCAGAGAUGCAUUUUAAAUAAAAGGACGCAUUCUCCUCAUGUAAAAAUACGCUGAUUCCCGGACCGUCUGCGGGCCGGAUUGAGAAGGCGAUUGGGCCGCAUCUGGCCCACGGGCCUUAGGUUGCCUACCCAUGGCCUAGCCUGUAGGCCAGUCAGCAAUGGGAGGGAGGCUGUUUUAGCCUUCACAGUUUAGGCCUCAAACAGGGGACCUGCAGUCCUUCAGAUGUAGCUGGACUCUGGCUCCCAUCAUCCUCAGCCAGCAUGGUCGAGGGAUGAUGGGAGUUGUCCCAACCACAUGCAGAGGGCCACAGGCUCCCCACGGCUGGUUUAGGCCCUUACGGGUUUUGUCCUUUGGUUCAGAAGACAGGAGGAAAGUGGUGAGCAGUGUCCUGGAGUCUGCAUAGAGCAGCCUUUGCCCCCCAGCUGGUGCCCUCCAGCUGUUUUGGACUACAAUUCCCAUCACAGGAGUGCUGGCUGGGGCUCAUUGGAAUUGUAAUCCAAAGCAGCUAGAGAGACCCUGGUUAGGAGAGGCUGCUGUAGAGAAAAACAGGUUUCGCUGAGAGUGUGGGUUCAGAAAGACUGUCAAGGGGAGGGACUGCUUCACAUAACUCAUUGUUAACUUAUGGAACUCACUGCCACAAGAUGACCUCUGGCUUGGGACAGCUUUUAAGGAAGAGUUAGGCAAAUUAAUGGAGGUAAAAGGUCUACCAAGGACUCUUAUAGCUGCAUGUUCAGUUUCAGAGGCAGCAUGCUCAGUUACUUAUUUACCGUAUUUAUACUAGUCUAUAACAGCCUAAUUCUUGGAGUUGUUCAGGAAUUCAAAUAAACAAAAGACAAGUGCAGUUCUGAAAGGUUCAGCCUGCCAUCUUCAUUCAAAUUGGCAUCCAGUUGUAUCCAAAUGUAGAUGAAAACUUGCUCCCUGACCCCAGGAACAUCCAUGCCAUAUUUGGUUACAGUGGGUUGUAUCUACGUAUGAUGGGUUUCCUCAUGAGUAGGACUAGCACUGACUGCAACCCAGUGCCAUAAAAGGUCUCCAAGUGCAUGCAUGCAUUCAAAACCCCACUGAUUUCAACCAGAUUUUGUACGAUGAUUCCGGAGAUCAAGGAACCUUUCAGAAUGGCGCUCAUUUUAAUUGCCGAUUUCCCAAUCGCACUGAUUUUUUUUGUUUCUUCAAGCUUCUGAGCAACCCCCGGGUACAACGUUGCUAGUAAUGAAUAAGAAUGCCCAGAGAUGGCUUAGAGCAUAACCAGAAAACCCAAAUUUAACAAGAGCUUCUCUUUCCCCCACCUUCACGGAUGUCCACAGCCAACCAGGAGCUCCUCAACAAAGUGGCCGUGGAAUACAAGGUGUUGCCAGGAUGGCGGUGCAGUACCGAGGAGGCCCGCAGUUUUGGUGAUUUGCCCCCCGAGGCCCAGGGCUACAUCCGCUUCAUCGAGGAUUAUCUGGGGGUGCCAGGUGAGUUGUGGCCCAUGCAAAUGGAACUACUCCAGCACCCACACUUUGGAACUCCCUGCCCAUUGAUGAUAGGCAAGCACCUCCUUCGCUGUGGCGUUUCCACCUUCCGAAAUCUUUCUGUUUGUUGCUUAAGCAAGGCUGCCCAGACGUGUGAAUUUGACGCGUAUUUUACUUCUUAAUGUAUGGGUUCUAUCCCAGGAGUAAACCCAUUGAAAUUAAUGGAUCUCAGUUAGCCAUGUCUGUGAAUUUCAAUAUAUCUGAGCAGGAUUAGCGUUGGCUUCAACCCUUUACUGUGGGGGGCGGGGGGGCGGGAAUGGCCAACUUGUUUUUAAACAUCUGAUUUCAUCUGUCCUAUUAAUGUAUGUUUUAUAUUUUAUGUCGGCCAGUUAGAGGUUUUGAAGAUUAACGUACGUGUGUGUGUGUGUGUGUGUGUGUGUGUGUACACACACACACACACACACACACACACACAGAGGUAUAUAAACCUUGUUUGGAUAAAUAAAGGUGUUUCUCUCUCAACCCCCCUCCCCUUCCCCUGUUUUGCAGUCAAGUGGAUUGGAGUGGGGAAAUCGCGCAGAUCCAUCAUCAAGCUCUUCUGA